CCCACUCCCACUCUCGCGCUGGCAGCCCAAACAGCACGCUCUGCUCCGCUGCACAGUCCUCGCGCUCUGCACGCCAUGUCAUCACCGCCGACACUGGCAAGCCUGUCGCUUGCGGAGCCCGCGGCCGCUGCGUCCCCCGAGGCCGCGUCGGCGCCGCGCCCGCCGCCCUCGCGUGCCGCCAACCAGGCAGCUAAGGCGGCGAUCAAGGCCGCCGCCAAGGCAAAGGCUGCGGCCAGAGCGGCCGGCACAUUGCCGGCUGCAGAAGCCGGUGCUUCGGGCAGCAGCAGCGGCAAGACGGCAGCCAAGGCGCCGCGUGGGCCGCGCGGCGUCGUGUCGCCCGUCGAGGGCCUCUCGCGCGCCCUCGCCUACCUGCUGCGCCACGGCCUCGAGAAGGAGUCCCUGCCGCUGCGUGCAGACGGCUUCGUCCCGCUUGCCGCCAUUCUGGCCCGUCCACGAGUGGCACGCCUCGACAUGGGCGAUGGCAGGGCGCCCACGGCGCAGGACGUGCGCGAGGUUGUCGACGGCAACGAGAAGAAGCGCUUUGAGCUGAAAGACCUCGACGGCGAGGAGUGCAUCAGAGCGGUGCAGGGCCAUAGCGUUGCCUCGGUGCAAGAUCUUGACAUGGUGUCCUUGACGCUCGACAACAUCGCAGACCUGCGCAAGCUCACGCACAAGGGUGAUCCGGCUACGGACGCUGACUCAGGAGUCUCUGGCGCCUUGGACGUCGAGGUACUGCACGGCACGACGGCGGCCGCCUGGGAUGCGAUUCGCUCAUCCGGCGGCCUUUCUCGCAUGAAGCGCAACCACAUUCACCUCGCUGCCGGCCGGCCCGGCAGCGGCAUCAUCAGCGGCAUGCGGACGAGCUCGCCGCUUAUCGUGCACAUCGAUAUGCACCGUGCGCUGGCAGCCGAGGUGCCCUUCUUCGUCGCGUCCAACGGUGCCGUGCUCACGCCCGGCGUGGGCGAGAGCGGCGUGCUGCCGCUCGAGUACGUCACGCACGUCGAGGACCGGCAGGGCACAAAGAUCUGGGAGCGCACAGAUGCUGCUGCGCCGCCGCCUGACGCAUCGUAAUGGCAUCGUACACAAACGCUCUG